AGGAGUUGGAGAAGGAUGAGGAGGGGCACCCCCCAGAGAAGAGGGAGAGAUAGAUGGAUUGCUAGUUUUGGCCAUCUCCCUUCUUCUCUCCAAUGAUCUGACAGCUGGGCUUUGACAAUCCGUUCCCGCAUCUAUUUCACUAUAUAAACCAUCUAUCUCUUCGUUAAGUGAGAUUCAGGAUAGCACUUGCUCUGCAUCAUGCUGAAUUUGUGCAAAGUGGGCAAUCAGACGAGUUCUCAGGAUCCGCACGCCAUCAAUUCCCGCGUAUUCGUGGGCAAUCUGAAUACCUUUCAAGUGAACAAGAUCGAUGUGGAAAAGGUCUUCCAGCGUUAUGGCCGCAUCGUGGGGAUUUCCAUGCACAAGGGCUAUGCCUUCGUCCAGUUUGCCAGUCCAUUUGAUGCGAGAUCCGCUUGCUUGGGCGAAGAUGGCCGGACCAUUUCAAGUCAAACCAUUGACGUGAACAUGGUAUCUGAACCCAAAUCUCAUCAAGGCAAAGGGAAGCAACCAAAGCGCACCUCCGAAUCAAAUGAUGACGACUCUGUCUUGGUCAAAGAUCCCAAAGACGAGACGGUUCAAUCCAGGAAACGAAGGCGAUCAACCGAAGAAACUCCCAAAAUUACGGCUGCUGAUCUCAAUGAAUUGAAAACUUACGAUAUUGCUGACAUCUUGAUUUGUGGCAAUUGCAAGGAGCUGUUUUCCAAUUUGAAAGACAUCAUGAACCACAAGAAGUUCUAUUGCAAGCUCCGAUUUACCUGCAAAUGUGGACCAAAAUGGAACGUGACCAAUUCUUCCCACCCAUCGACUGACGCUUCCCGGGGGUUGAUGGAGCAACAUCAGUGCUCAGCCAGUGGUCCCCAUCCCCAGAGGACUCCCCCUCAUCACCCCGCGGGUGGAGUGGUUCCGCAACCACCCGUUUCGCUUUUGUGCAGCUCUUGCGAAGAGAGCUUUGGCAGUCCGAUGGAACUCAUGGUUCACGUUCAAGACUUGCAUAACAUCCCCAUAUUUGAAAUGGAUUCAUCGGCCAAGGAUGGGACUGCCACUGAAAUUGAAGUCUAGAUUGAGGAAUAAAUAAUGUACACCAACAUACGCGCAUUUCAUAUCUUCACAAAUCGAUGAUUGCACACAGUUCAUUUUCAAUCGUCUCCCUUGUUACUGAGAGUCUUUUUUUUGUUAGAUUGGCGCAACCUCCAAUGUCAAUACUGAUCCCUCUGAUUAGAGGACCACCAUCCCCGUGUGCGACAAUUUAAAGGUCCUCCUUUUCGACGGUUCCCACCAAACACGUGGCCCCAUAACUCUCUAACUCCUUCCUUCUCAAUUUCUCUCUUUCUCUUUCUCUCUCUCUCUUACUGUGAUGAGAGGACACCAACUUGGGACGCCCUAAAAUUGUGCAUGAAAUAGGAUCCUCCUCUUCGGCAAUUAUCCGCCUUUCUUUCUCUUCUCUCUUUCUCCCCUUCUCUCCAUCUCGUUCUGUGGUUGUCCUCUCUGCCUGUCCGUCGUUCCCUUUUAUCCCAAUCUUUUCAAGCGAAAACGAAAGACUUCAAAAGCAACAAGCUUCCCCCCCC